UGACGGGGAGGAAGGAGAUGAAGAAGAGCUCGUGGGGUCCGUUGGAGAUGCUGCAGAGCACGAAUGGUGGCACUUGGGUGGUGGCCAAUAUCACGGCCCCGGAGGCUGGGCCUGGCGCUGCGGAGCAGAUGAAGGCGAUUGCGGAGAAGAUUGAGGCGAUCCUAGCUUCUACAGGCCAUGGGGGUGGAAAUGCGCCGCGCACUACGGCUGAUAUCGUCUUCACGACGGUGCUGCUUCGCUCCAUGGCGGACUUUGCCUUGAUGAAUGGCAUCUAUGUUUCGUUGUUCAAGAAGCCCAAUCCUCCGGCGAGAGCCACGGUGGCUUGCGGUGACAGCCUGCCGGAGGGCGUCAAGGUUAUGGUCUCGGCGGUGGUGGACUUGGGUCCCAGAGACCAACGACAGGGCCUCCAUGUCCAGUCUCGUUCGUACUGGGCCCCGGCCAACAUUGGUCCGUACUCGCAAGCGAUGUCCGUGCCUGUUCACGGUUCGGAGCAGAUGGUGUACAUCGCUGGACAGAUUCCUCUGGAGCCGGCAUCGAUGGAGGUGAUGGGGACGUCCCCAGCGGCGUUGACACGACCAUGGGUGGAGAAUUAUUCCACACGAGCUGUGCUGUCUUUGCAACACCUUUGGAGAAUCGGUCACGCCAUGCAGGUGGACUGGUGGCUGGGAGCGGUUGCGUUCCUGACAGGAGAAGAGCACAUUGAGACGCAAGCCCGACUAGCAUGGGAUCUCUGGGCCCGGAUGCAUGCUCGUCAGGAAAAAGACGAGGAGGAAGAUGAUAUUUCGGGCCUGGACGUGUGGGAUAUCAAAUACGGAGGCCGCGCACACGAACAACCAACGACUACCACAGCACCUAAUCUCCCCAACUUCGAGGUAAUCCACUCCGACGCCCUAAUCCCCGCAUUCUUCGCCGUCCAAAUCGAAGAACUGCCCCGCGGCUGUGACAUCGAAUGGCAAGGUCUCGGCUACCGAUGCGGUGGACUGAAAAUGACCGCAGAAGACACAGCCUACGGCCGUAAGAUCGCCGUGGCCACCGAGCAAAACCUCAGCUACACCAGCAUUGAAAUCGAUGCCGAGCAAGCGCCGUCUGACGUGGAAUCCCAUCUGCAGCUUAUCCUACAGGCGCUUCCCGAGAGAUCGGAAGAUUCGCACACGAUCAUCUAUACUAGUCAGCCUUUGUCGAGGGUUCCGUUCCCGGCGCAGGUGGUGCCCUGUAAGGCAGUCUGGGGUUCACGGGGACGUCAAUUGGCGGCUGGAGUUGUUGUCCAGAGACAUACUCGGGCGUCUUAGUGUCGUUGAGACAGUCAGUCAUGAGCCCACAGGGCAUGACUUCAGGCGCAUAUGAUAUCCAAUUUGUUGGUAAAUCGUUGGACAAUAAGAGAACAAUAGAUCAAUGUUAUAGCAGCU